GUGAUAAUGAAUUGUGUUAUUGUCUUGUCCGUUGUAUUGGCGAGCCUGUGUGUUGGUGUUCACACUGACCAGUUACAGGAACUGAGAGACAGUCUGGAUGCGAUCCAGCAGCAGUACCAGUCGUGGCGGGAGGACGACGGGCGAAUCAUUCGUGAUCUUCAAAAACAAAUCGCAGACGUUAGAAAACAGAAUGAAGUGACGAAGAGAGAAGUUUUGGACGUAAGAAGGAAGAAUAAGUUCCUAUCAAAAAAGAUUGAUCAUCUAAAAAAGCUUUAUGGAAAUCUGCAGAUAAAAACCAACAUUCACGGGAGACGUGAUGCAAAGAAUGACGUUCCUCUCAAUCAUGGCUCCAGAUGGGCACAAUAUAAACCGUCCUUUAGUUUAAGUGACCACUUGCAUAUUAAACCAGUGUCCACACAGACACCAGAUCAUCAUCCCUGUCAACCAGCUACUGUUGAAAGCACCACCUCUACUACUCCUCCAUUUGUUCAUCACUGGUUGGGGUUUGGUAACCCAGUCACAGCUACAGCUACCAGCACUGCCACUCCUGCAGCAGUCCAUCACUGGCUGGGGUUCGGUAACCCUGUCGCAGGGCCCACUGGUUUAACUGGAGGAAAAGUGUCUUCAACACAAGCGACUGCCACAACACUGCAACAAAGAAACACGGGGUCACCUGCUCAGCUUGGGAGCACAGCUUCAACAAAUCAGCAAGGGAAAGCAGGAUCAAUAGCACAACAAUAUAGUACUCCGCAGGGAGUAUCAACAUGUCAGAAAGGGGAUAAUGGGCCCCCUGGACCGCAAGGCAUCAUGGGACAUACUGGACCACGAGGACCGAAAGGUGAACCUGGUCAGAAAGGAGAGGCAGCUACCGCAAUUAUAUCAGAUCGUGUUGCUUUCUACGCGACUGUUACCCAGACUAUAGAUGUAAGAAUGGGUAUGACGCUUACUUUCCCAAACGUCCUGACGAACGAGGGCAACAGAUACGAUUCAAACACUGGGAUAUUCACGUGCGGGGUGUCCGGAAUAUAUGUGUUCUCCUGGUCAACGGGUGUAGGGAAGAAUGAUUUCGUCAACACAGAAAUCGUGAAAAACGACCAAAUGGUGAACAUGCAGAUUACGACAGGCAUGUCCACACACGAGAUGUCGACCUCCCAUACAGCCAUCUUGUCGCUUCAGGACAACGACCGCGUACAAGUGGUGGUAUACCGGAUAAACCCGCAUGGCAGUUCUUUCAUAUUGGGUGACGCUUCCUCGUUUUCGGGAUUUUUGUUAUUUUCUUACUAAAAUAAAAAAAAAAAAGUGGCAUAUCAACCAAAACCUGAUUUUAAAAAAAAAAA